GUUAACGUUAAUCGAUCUCUGUCCAUUAAAAGUGUUUAUUUGCAAAAAUUGAAUUAAUAAUGGCUGGAGAAGUUAUUGUGGAUGCCUUGCCCUACAUUGACCAUGGAUACGACGACGUUGGUGUCAGGGAAUCGGCGCUUGCCAUGGUGGAAGAAGAGUGCAGACGCUACCGACCGACAAAGAAUUACCUAGACCAUCUGCCGCUGCCGGCCACUUCGCCAUUCGAGACACCGCUGAUGGUCAACGAAUUUGAGCGCAUACAGAAUCGCCUGCCCAUGGAAACGCUCUCCAUGAAGCGGUACGAACUGCCACCCCCGCCAUCCGGGAAGCUGGGCGAGGUGUCUGCUUGGCAAGAGGCCAUUGAAAAUUCCAUGGCCCAGCUGGAGCACCAGUGUGUGCGCUCUCUAAAUCUGGAACUUUUGUUGGACUACGGCACGGAAGCGUGGAAAUCCUAUCUGGAGGUAUUCACCGCCAUGCAGGCCAAAGCGCAGUUGCAGCUUCAGCAACUGAAAAAGGACAUACAGGACGUGAACUGGCAACGCAAGCAGGCGCAGACUUUGGCGGGCGAAAGGCUGCGCUCCCUGGACGCUCACUGGGUGUUGCUCGUCUCGAAGAACUACGAGAUUGAAACAGAGUGCGUGGAGCUCGAGAAGCUGGUACAAGCAGCCCGAGAACACUUGCAAACCCUUGGCCCGGUCACAGCUAAUGACAACGCGCCAACGCCAGAGCACACAAACGGCCAUGUGGAGGAGGACAUCGCAAUGGAGAGCAAUGAAAAUGGCAAUUCGAAUAGUAAUAGUAACAGCAGUGCCAGCGGUAGUGGUAGUAACAAUGGAGAUGCAGAUGCAGAUGGAGACGCAGACGAUGCCGCUGACGCCAAUGGUGAUGCUGGGGUUGAUGAUGCUGCCGCCGAGGAUGAAUCCUCCAAUGAGUGAAUGAACGAACGUAGAUUCAGUAGACAUAUAAUUUGUACAAGUUUAAAUACAUAUAGAGUUCAUAUAACAAGCAGCAUAA